GGGAGGGCCCGGCGGGGCGGGGAGCGGCGCGAGGAGCAGCCGCGGCCAUGGAGAUGCAGUCGUACUACACGAAGCUCCUGGGAGAGCUCAACGAGCAGCGCAAGAGGGACUUCUUCUGCGACUGCAGCAUCAUCGUGGAGGGGAGGAUCUUCAAAGCGCACAAAAACAUUCUGUUUGCCAACAGCGGCUACUUCAGGGCCUUGCUGAUUCACUACAUACAGGACAGCGGGCGGCACAGCACGGCCUCCCUGGACAUUGUCACAUCGGAGGCCUUCUCCAUCAUCCUGGAUUUCCUUUACUCCGGGAAGUUGGAUCUCUGUGGGGAGAACGUCAUCGAGGUCAUGUCUGCAGCGAGCUACCUGCAAAUGACGGACGUGGUCAACUUCUGCAAAACCUACAUAAGGUCCUCGCUAGAUAUUUGUAGGAAAAUAGAGAGGGAAGCCGCUUUCUACCAGGCUGACAGUGGGAGUGGAGGCUCAGCGAGGGAGGGCCCCUCGCACAGCACUAAGGGACAGGGCUCCACCUCAGCCCUGCGGGAGAAGGAGAGGAUGGUGGGCUGCCAGAGCGACCCUCCGUGCGGAGACUGCAGCAGCUGCCAUCCCCUGGAGCUGGUGGUGAGGGACCUCGGGGGCAGCGACUCCCCGGACGAUGCCAACUCUUCCCUGCCCAAGGGGGUGGAACCCAAGGUUGAGUUUGAUGCAGAUGAGGUCGAGGUGGACGUGGGUGGGCGGCUGCAGCAGUACCCAAAUGCGUUGUCUCUGGAGCAGGUGGACGAGGGGCUGCACGGAGGGCAGGCGAUGGACCUGGCUUGCAAUAACUACCACAUGAAACAGUUCCUAGAGGCCUUGUUGCGCAACAGCUCGGCUCAGAGGAAGGAUGAUGUGGUUCAUCACUUUGUUCGGGGCUUUGAGGGUAGGCCAGAGGAUGCAGGGGUAGCCAUGAGCUCCAUGAUGGACAUUCACAGCGACUGGUAUGGUGAGGACACAGGUGAGAGGACUCGAGGGUCAGUCGUUGUGAUUGGUGAGGAAACCAUUAGUCGUGUGACGUCUGUUACUCUUUCUUGUUCAGGAAUACAUUGCUGAAUAUUAUGCCAUAGUGAAAUAAACUGUUGUUCUGGACUUCAAA